AGGACACAUUCCUCUAUCAGCCAGAUCAUUUAAAUUGUCCCAUCCAGUACUGUGGGUUGCCUUCAAAAGGAAAUCUGUAAAAGGUCAUAGAUAAUAUAUUUUAGAAAUGGCAGGACAUUAUACAAGAGCUAAAAUGCAUGGUGCAGAGAAUUCCUUCACCAAGCAUAAGUUGUUAAGAAUGUCCCUAAACGAUGGUAGUGGUGAAAGUGAUGGAAGUAUGGAAGUAGAUGAAAACAAAAAUGACAACGAAGUAGAAACACCAUUUCCAUCUAACAAGUCUAAAAUUUCGGAGAAGGAAGCGAAGUCAACUAAAGUGGAAAGAGGAAAGAAAUCUGAUUUUAAGGAAAACGGCUGGACCUUCAGGUUUUUGCUCAUUUUGUUGACGGCCUACCUCGUCGUACCAGGCAUUGGCUAUACGAUGACUUCCCUGAAUGCACCCGCUGAUCUCAUAAAAGAAUUCAUGAACGAAACAAAAUUCAAAAGAGACGGCGAAUGGAUGUCCACUGAUGCAGUUGACUCCCUGUUUGGUCUGCUGGUCGCCGUUGUUGGAGUCGGGUCAGCAGUUGGGUCGCUCACAGCCAGCAUUAUUGCAGAUAAGUUUGGACGAAAACUAUCUAUUAUCCUUGCUUCUGUGACUGGGCUCAUUGGCGUACUGUUGAUGGCACUGUGCAGGGUCGGCUCCUCCUACGAGAUGUUGUUUGUGGGGCGGACACUAACUGGGUUUACACUUGGAUGGGGUCUGAGCUUGGCCCCGGCCUACCUGGUGGAGAUGGCGGUGCCGAGUAUGCGGGGCAACGUGGCUCUGCUGAACCAGCUGUUCCAGAGCUUCUCCUUCUUCCUCGCUCAAGUUAUGGGCUACACGGAACUGCUGGGGAAUGAGCAGUAUUGGCACUACCUUCUUGGUUUCCCCAUUAUUUUCUUCGGUCUACAGAUUAUUCUGCUGCCAUUUUGUCCCGAGAGUCCCAGAUAUCUUUUGAUGAAUAAAAACGACACAGAGGGCGCCACUAGAGCAUUACAGAUGAUUCGAAACAGAAAAAAUGUAGAGGAAGACAUCGCUAUGCUGCACCAAGAACUGAAAGAGUCAGCCACUGAAGCUGAAGUAUCUGUUAUCCAGCUGUUUAAAAGUCCGCUUCUUCGAAGACCUUUAGUGACUGCCAUUGUGAUGGGCCUCCAGCAAAACUGGUGUGGGAUGAACGCGAUUUUGUUCUUUUCCACCCAACUUUUUAAAUCUGCUGGCUUGGACGACAGGAACGCGAGAUACGCAACUUCGGGCACUGGUCUAAUUUUCUUUUUGUGCAAUGUAUUCGCCAUUUUUCUCUUGACGAGGUUCGGCCGGAAGACGCUAUUUCAAAUGGGAACCAUCGGGAUGGCCGUGUGUUCAGCUGUCAUCGCGCUCACUAUGUUGUAUCAGAAUGAAGUGAGUGCUCUCAGAUAUGUGAAUAUUGCAGUCUCGCUAUUUGUCAUGGUCUGCUACUCACUGGGGCCAGUGUGCGUGUUCUGGGUGAUGCUGAGUGAGUUAUUUCCCAACAGUGCUCGUGGGACGGGAUUUAGUAUAGCCAUCUUGUGCGCCACCCUGAGUUUCUUCUCGCACAGCUACAUAUUUCCUAUACUGCUGUCCAAUCUACACUCCUACACAUUCUUCGUGUUCUGUGGAAUCGAUGUCGCCAUGGCCAUCUUUAUCCACUUUUACGUUCCUGAAACCAAAGACAAAACGUUCGCUGAGAUUGCCAAGUCAUGGAGCAAAUCUACAGACGUGGACCUCAAACUGACGGACAGCGUGAGCGUGAAUGAGGACAUUCCAGUCGGCACUGAGAAAAACUCGGAACCGUCACCCCAAUAGAAUGUCAAUGAAUCUUUGUAGUUACUGGUUAUGAUGCGAGUCUUGGGUAACAUUUUCGGUUACGGGCUUUUUUAUUAUUUCAGACAGGACUUUGAAGAUUUUAAUACAAUUUCCAUGGAAAUAAGACCAACUUGUGGUGGAAAACAAAACUUUAUACACAUUUCCUUCUCUCUAUUUCUCUUUCCUCUCUCUCUCUCUCUCUCUCUCUCUCUCUCUCUCUCUGGGUCGUUUUUUUUUAUAGGUGCAGUGUUACUUUAUCAUUAUGGCUACAAAUCUGUUAAUUUCGCUUUACAACGGUAAAAGAAAAACAAUGAAAACCCGAGUCCAGCUGUAUUGGUUCCAUGACAAAAUACCUCAGACAAAAUACAUCACGGACAGUUUAUUAUCAGGACAAAAUAUCUCAGGACAAGUAAUCUCAAGGACAAAUGAUAUCACGGACAAAAGUUAUCAGGAUAAAGUAUAUCAGGACAAAUGAUAUUAUGGACUUAUGAUCUCAGACAAAACAUCUCAGACAAAAUAUCUCUCCUGAAAAUAUUGAAAGUAUUUGGGAUGAUUUUAGGGGUCAUCAAUAAAUGACGUCACGCUUUUUUUGACGAUUUUUACCUUCCCCCUUCUGUCACACGUCACAAAAAGCCAGACCUCCCCCCUACAAUGACGUCAAGCUUCAACCUACAAUCCCCCUCAAAAUUGCAAUUGAAUUUUUUCUUAAAACAUCGAUAUUUUUCCAAAAUCUUGCUAGAACUCUGUCAACAUAGAGUAUUUUAAUAAAUUUCAAUUACAAUUUAUUAUAUCAUUUCAUUAAAAUUCGUUUACCAACAUUGCUUUUUUAUAAAACUAAAGUUUGACGUCACACCAUCUGGACGACCCCCUUAGUCGAUUUUAACAUUUUUAAAACUUUGUCAUAUUUGGUUUUUAUUUACACAUAAAAUUAUUUUUAUUUUACACAUAACAAAUAUGAGAAAAUGUUGGUCUCAUAGGUUUGUCACAUUAAAAGAAAGAUAUUAACAUUGCUAUUAGAACUAUAAUACUCGUAGAUUAAAACUAAAUUUCGAUAGAAGGUGUAGUUGGGUUUACUGAUCAUGAGACAAUUCUACCACAUCAGGUGGACAAAACUAUAUCAAAAUGUUAGCUCAUCCAUGGAUUUAAGGGCAAUGAAAACAGAACACAGAGUAAGGUGGGUGCUUGCUUUGUUGGCAAAGACAUACCCUCAGGUAGAAGAUGUUCGCUAUAUUAGUCAAGCUCAAGUGAUCCGGUACCUUUUGCUUAUUGAAAUGACAGUGGCCAUUGCGGAGUAAAGUUAUUCACAUACUGCGUAUGUAAAUAAAGCAGUAUUAGUGGUGAUUACCUAGUUAUGGCCUCCUUCGUUACAUCGCAGAAAGACAUCUGCACUUUUAAAAAGUAAGAUUUACCAUAGAUACAGCUAGCAAAAAAAAACGUUAACGCUACACAUGUGUUGAUGAUAAAAUAAAAACAUAAUUUUUACGUUACGGACCUGAACACUCAAUCACUUUAUUGAAAUUAUUUCACGUGUUUUGAACAUUAAAUUAGUUAAGCCUUUCAUAAUUUUUUUUUGUUAUACAUUUCAGAAAAAUUCUAUUUAAAAAAUUCAUUUUAACUCGCUCAUUUAGAAUUUCCUUACAAUUAUUGCGAAUAAUAACCAAAUAAAAUACAUCUAACAAUAAAACAAAAUCGAUUAAACUCAUCCUAUAUACUAUACAUAUUUUGCGGUGAGAUAUUUUGUCUGAGAUCAUUUGUCCAUGGUAUCAUUUGUCCAUAGAUAUAAAUGCAGGAUAACCUAGUUACACCACUGAUAUUGCAACUACAGUACCUACAAUGUCGUGCUUGAUUAUGCUGUAAUUUGUCUUUUUAAAAAAGCGUAACUAUACUCAGAUUCAGAUAAGAAAAGUUUAAAAGAUGUAUCCAUACCUUUCUAAAUAGACCUACUGUUGUAAACUGUUAGGUUUAUA